CACUGGAAUAACAUGAUGUGCAGGUCGCGGUAUGUGUCGCAUAUAUUAAAAUAUUAGACAUUGAUGUACUAGACAUUUAUGGCAUCAAUUCUCCGCCAAAUCGUCGCUAGUCCGCGCGCCCGUCACCCUGAAGCUGGUCUCGAUCUCUGUUAUGUGACCGAUCGCAUCAUCGCAACGUCAGGUCCUUCCGGGACAUAUCCAAAGCGAUAUUACCGCAAUCCACUCGACGAACUUGUCAAAUUCCUCGACUCCAAACACAAAGACAAGUGGGCAAUAUGGGAAUUCCGCGCCGAAGGGACAGGCUACCCCGAUGACGAGGUGUACGGUCGCGUAUGGCACUUCCCAUGGCCCGAUCACCAUCCGCCACCGUUCGCGCUGAUUCCGAGGAUUGUCGCGAGCAUGCGCAAUUGGUUACACGAGGAUGAAGAGCGAGUGAUCGUCGUUCAUUGCAAGGCUGGCAAGGGUCGAAGCGGCACGUCGAGUUGCGCAUAUUUAAUCGCAGAAGAAGGAUGGACUCUGGACGAUGCUCUGCAGCGAUUCACCGCGCGGAGAAUGCGGCCGGGAUUCGGCGCAGGCGUUUCGAUUCCGUCGCAGCUGAGGUGUCUUUCGUACGUCGAUCGAUGGACGAAUCACGGGAAGAUCUACAUUGAAAGACAAAUAGAAGUUUUGGAGGUCCAUGUUUGGGGUUUAAGAGAUGGAGUCAAGGUAUCUGUACGAGGGUUCGUUGAUGAAGGGAAGGUGGUCAAGACGUUUCACACUUUCACCCGGGAAGAACGGGAAAUUGUCUCCGGUGAAAUCCAGAAAACCAGUUUCGCGGACCUUGCAUACGAAUUCAUCAGCGGCAACAAGAAAAACGGGAAAGAUACCCCCGAGACUGCUUCUAUAAGCGACGGCAGAGCGCCCACAGAUAACACGACCACUUCCAACACCUCCCUUCCACAAAUCAAGUCCCCCGACCCUUCACUAAAAACCCAACCAUCCAACGCGCCCACAACCGAUACGACCAAAGACGGCGCCGCAGCAAUAUUCCGGCCCUCUGAACCUCUCAUCCUCCCUACUUCCGACGUCAACCUCGCCGUCACCCGCCACCCCGCCUCCACCAGCACCCUCACCCUCGUCACCUCCGUCGCCCACGUCUGGUUCAACUGCUUCUUCGAAGGCUCCGGCCCCGAACGCUGCACAAACCCCUUCUCCACCCCCCUCUCCGAUACCGAAACCAAGCAGCUCCCCGACUCUCCACUCCAGAGCCCGACGGAACCCUCGACCCCGAGCACACAGUCAAAACCAGCUACCCACAAAGCAGCCAAACCCGCCGGCCCGCUCACCGACGGCGUCUUCGAAAUCGACUGGGACGAUAUGGACGGCAUCAAGGGCUCCAGCCGCAAGGGCUCCCGCGCCCUUGACCGCGUCGCCAUCGUCUGGCGCGCCGUCCCAUAUCCCGGCACCGUCGUCACCGAACCCGGAACCGACGAGCCCGUGCGCGGGAGCGUCGCCGCCGAUUGGCGGGGGGGCGCGCAUCCGGAAGAGUCGCCGGACCGGCCACCGCGGGAUGAGGAGGUGGCGGAGGAGGUUCUAGGGGUGCCCAGUGGGGCGGCGGAGAAGAAGGUGAUGGAGAAGGGGGCGGAGGAGAAAGGGGAGGAUGAACAGCAGGGGUUGGGGGUGAGAAAGGUGGCAGGGAAGGAGACGGGGGAGGCGGCGAAGGGGGUCAAGGAGGUGGUGAAUAAGGUGGUGGGGAAGGUGGGGGGAAAGGAGGAGCCGUUGGAUAUGAGUUCGGAUGAUGAGUUGGAGAUGGUGGCGGCGAGGGGGCCGGAGGGGGAGGACUUGGAGGUGGGGGAGUCAAAUGAGGCGGAGGCAAGGGGAGGUAAAGGGAGGGAGGAUAAGAGUUAA